CAUGCUUCACAAUACUAUAUAAGACUAUAAAAGGCCCCUGAUGAGAUAUUCUGUUAUCUAGUGCUACUUACCUUAACCUGUGCAAGAACUGCAAAACAUCCACAACCAUGAAGUUGCUUCUGGCUGGACUUGUUCUGCUUCUUAUCGUGGAAAUCAACGCUGAGUGGUACACGUUCCCUAUUGAAGCUGUUCAAGGAGCCUGGGAUAUGGCACAAGCCUACAGAGACAUGAGGAAGGCCAAUUGGAAAGACUCAGAUAAAUACUUUCACGCCAGAGGAAACUAUGAGGCUGCAGAGAGAGGAGCAGGAGGACGAUGGGCUGCUGAGGUUAUCAGUGAUGCCAGAGAGUGGUCAAACGGGAAGAGUGGUGGUGCUGGAGACACAGAGGAAGAUCAGGAGGCAAACCGUUGGGGGCGAGAAGGAGGAGAUCCCAACCGUUACAGGCCAGCAGGUCUUCCUGACAAUUACUGAGAAUAAAAAUCACUGACCUCAAAUAAAAUGUUUCAAGAA